AGUUUACUUUGUGCAAUUAAGCCUUUUAGUUCUCGUUGUUAAGACAAAUCACAAAUUAUCUAUCAAAAUGUUCAAAUUGUUCGUGCUCUCAGCUUUGAUCGCCUGCGCUAGUGCCAUCUACACACCAGUUGCUCCAGCAUACGCAGCUGCUUACCAUGGCCCAAUCGCCGCUCCAUUCGCAGCACCAGUCGUCAAAGCUGCCUAUCCAGCUUACCCAUACGCCGCUCCAUAUGCCGCCCCAUAUGCCGCUCCAUACGCUGCUUACCACGCACCAGCCGUCGUGAAGACAGCCAUUGCUGCCCCAAUUGCCACCAGCUAUGCAAACACAUACAAAGUUGCUGCUUCAUACCCAGCUUACCAUGCACCUCUUGCUGCUUACCAUGCACCAAUUGCCGCUCCAAUUGUGAAGACUGCUUAUGCUGCUCCUUACGCUGCUGCCUACCCAGCCUACCACGCACCAAUUGCCGCUCCAAUCGUCAAGGCUGCCUAUCCAGCUUACGGUGCUGCUUACUUGGGUUAAAUCACGACUUCUCCUUCUUGCCACAAUCAAAGAUCUUUAGAAAAGCUUUUGCAACUCGUUGCAAAUAGUCAACUGCGUGCUCGAAUUUUCUUCUCUCCUUUCUUACUUUUAUCUCUCAUCGAGCACUUUCUAAAAUUCUUUCAACUGAACUUACUGAAAGUAUUAUUAGAGAUAUUUGUGUUUUUUACAUCUUCAACUGGUACAUAAAUAAAACAAGAUUUUCUUAACAAAGAAAAAUGACUUUUAAUUGAAUGAAAAAAAAAAA